AUGAGCAAAGAACCAAGACUCAAAAUCGCCAUCAUUGGGGGCGGGCCAGGCGGCCUUGGGGCUGCCAUAGAAUUUGCAAAGCUUCCUUUUGUCGACUGGGAUUUAUACGAGAAGAGUUCACUGGUCAGCGAGAUAGGUGGUGGCUUUACGAUACAACCACAAACAUGGAGAUUGCUCGAGCAUAACGGCGCAGCUGACAACAUUCGUUCUGAGGACUACUUUAGGCCUGAACAAGGACAGAUCGAGCAAAGACGGAACGGGAGAACCGGAGAAUUGCUGAUUGAGAAGUGCCACGAACAUGAUUGCAUCCGUCAGUUCUGUUUUCCCAAUCACACUCUUCAUUACAACGGACAAUCUGUGUACCGUACAAUUGUCAGUAAAGCCAAAAUUGCCAAAAUUAAAGGAAUCCCAUGGGCCCCAGUCUUCUGGAAGCAUGUCAGCGGCUUGUAUGUCUUUACGUGUCCCCUCGGGGGAGAUGAUUUUGAAGUCACUGCGCGCAUGCGGAAACAGAACGAAGACUCAGAACCGGUAAGCUGGGGUCGGACAUUCGAUUUCCACGCCCUUCUUCCAGAAUAUCAUGACUUUUGUCGUCCUGUGCGGCAGAUAUUGGGCCUUGCUGCUGGAGGAGAUACGCAGGAGUUUGCCCUAUUCUCUGGAAAUCAUUUAAGCCAUGUUAUAUCGGGCAACAAUAUCGCUACGAUAGGGGAUGCAUCUCACGCCCUUUUGGGAAACUUUGGGUCAGGUGCUGGAUUUGCUUUGGAGGAUGCAUGCACGCUGGCCCGUGCUAUCAAAUGGGCCUGGCUCGGCGGAAAGACGCUCAAAGCUGGUUUAGAGCUAUUUGACUCUGUGAGAUCUCCGCACUACCGGCGUCUUCAUAACCUUGUGAGCAGGUUUGCGGAGAUCAAGGCCGAGCUUCGUGCGAAAAGCUUGACACUCGACGACGAAAUUGCUGAGCGUGUGAAGAGGAUUUCAAAAGCUUCAGAGUCGUGGAUGUACGAUUAUGAGAUUGACAAGGUGGUUGACGAGGCCCUUGAGGCAGCAGAUAUGGGGAUGGGUCAGUAA